AGUCUAGAAUCUAAUGUAGAUGAGAGUGCUAAUGAACUAUCCGAUAUGGAAGCUGAGGUAACCAAAAGAACUAUAAAAAGAACAUCAGAUUGCAAUACUGUUAGUGCAGAAAGUAAACCCACGAACAAGAGUAAACAAUUGCGACAGUCUGAGGUAAAAUUAUCAUCUAAGAAGUUACAUAAAACUGCUAAGACACAUGAUGAUAGUGAACCUAACUAUAAAAGUAAAUCUAAAUCUAAGAAAGAAGUUAAUGAAAAGAAGGAUGUUAUAUUAGAGAUGCUAAGGUAUUUAAAUGAAAACUGA